CGAAUGAUACUAUUCGGUUCGUACGGCGACUCGGCAUUCUCAUGAAGACAGAGCCGAAGACAGAGCCAAAGACAGAUCUAGGGUACAACAAGAUUGCAUUGCAUUAACCGUCGUUCUGUAUUAAUCGAUAAUAGCAAACAGCAUACAACCAAGAUGUUUGGGUCUAUUCUGAAAACUGCCGCCCGGAGUUCAGCUAUCCGCUUCUCUGCUGCCAACAGACUUGCCAUCAACACCCCGCUCAGCAUUCGGUGUUUUUCGGAUUCGAUUUCGUCGGGAACCGUCAAAUGGUUUGAUGUAAAGAAAGGUUUCGGUUUCAUCAUCCCCGAUGAUGGYAGCGACGAUGUUUUUGUCCACCAGACGGCGGUCCACGCGGAAGGAUUCCGAUCUCUAGCCGUAAGUUGGGGGGGGUGCCGCAGGAAUGAAUUAAUUUAGUGUUGUCACGCCCGGUGUUGUGUCGGCCGUCGAAUUGUACACGUUUUUGUUUUCUCACCUCGUCGUGCACAUGCUUCUUGAUUCGCUCGUCCGCAGGAAGGAGAACCGGUUGAAUUCACCACCAUGGAAGACCCUACCAAUGGAAAGAUCAAGGCACAAAAUGUUACGGGACCUAUGGGAGGUUACGUCCAAGGCGCUCCACGCAGAAACGACUUCAGAAACGAUGAUGGAUACGGAUCGUCGUCAAGCGACGGUGGAUACCGCAACGACGGAUUUUAAAAAAAUUCUAUCAUCGCUUGGAAAGAUUGCAGAACGUGGUGACUAGGWCCAAAAUCAUUUAUGUACACRUAAUAAUAUAAUUUAUCACGCUUGGAACAGAUUGUUUGGGAACGAUCGAKUGUKGUCAGUGCUAUUUGCGUUGCUAGAGGUUUGAUACAAUACUGAAGCAUUUUUCCUACCAGUUGGUGUACUCCUACGACUACCCCUACUGUUUAGGAAUGUUAAGAUUCGACAAGAGAGUAACAACUAGCAAACACGCACUCCUUCACACGAAGGAAUCGUAGCUGCGUACCACAAUGCAUCCAAGAAUGAUUGUUUUGUCUAUAGCCACAUAUUAUUUCCACAGGAUAGUCAUUGAGUUCUACCGAUGCGCAACAGCGUCUGCCAACCCAUUUCUGGUUUGCGCCGAGGUCGAUAGCACAGCGCCGCGUCUGYUCCUUUCACCAAUGCCUCGCUACUUGGCGCAUGGCGAGUAAUAUACGGUCGUGACAAACUUGGUCUUGUACCGCUGUGUUAUUCCAAGGACCAUCAUGUUGUCCUUGAUGGCUGUGCAGUAGAGAUGGUUCAGAGCCACGUGUUGUGGAACAGGAAGGGCAGCCGUGUCUUGGAGCUGGGGAGGCUUGUUCAAAAUGAUGUGGCGCAAGUGGGGGGGCAGCGGGGGUGGUUCCUGCAAUUCGGUUUCAAUGUGAGCAAGGGUUUCGAAAUCAUUUCAACAGGAGACAAAAAUGGACGAACAAACAAACAACGAAAUCAGCAAUGCGGUUUCGGUGACAAGACAAAAAAGGAUCAUCGAGGACAGGGUCCGGAACAUACCGAACCACACGGCAGCGCAAUUUGUUGCUCGGGCCGACACUAUUGCUCGCAGCCGGAACAGAACAAUACAAACCUACCUUUGUGUAUUCGUCCAAAUCGGGCAUGGUUUGGGAGAAGAUCUCGCCGUCCCGGUCGGGACCAUCGUCGUCGUGUGCCUCCGACGUCUCGUCCUCGUCGGCUAUGAACCCGUAUUCCGCAGCCGCCUUUUCCUUUUCAAACUCGCGGUCGCCCGUGUAGGGCUUGAAAUCGGUAACAUCUAUAAAGUUGUUGAUUCGCCCCUCGAUAUCGGCAACUGUGGGCUGGUCUGGGGCGAACCUCCACUCGUCGUCCACAAUGAAUUUAAAGGCAUGUUUUCCUCGUUUCAGGUURUGGAUAUAYGUAAAGUCGUUACCUGAUCGGUGCAUCGGGAUCUGGCGCGACCACCCGUUGAAGGUCCCCGUAAUAUAGACCUGCCGGCCCCCGUGCUCCCACCGAAAGACCGUCGGCACAGUGUCGUCGUCAAGCCAGUUUUCGACCGCGGGGUUGCCCGAUUUCACCGUGUGGUCGGCAUCCCCGCCCCCGACGCCGGACAUUGAGGCAUCGCUGCUCGAUCGCGACAUCAUCUUGUUGUGGUGCUGUGACGAUUGGUGUGUUUGGUGCUGCUGGUGCUGUCCCCCGACACCACCCUGUGC